ACUUUUUGAGCACCAUGAAGCCGACGGUGCUCGUGACACUAGCUGCGUGCUUUCUGACGCUUCCAUUCACACUGGAUCGCGGCGCCUACGCUUGGGGAGGUGACGAGGAUGCCGACGAAGUGGAGGAAGACGACGACGACUUCGAUUUUGCUACCAGCAACCUGAACUUCGUCAAGCACGACGACUUUGUGGAAGUGGAAUGCAGCGGACAGGAGUGCGCGUCCGAACCGACGGACGGAAGUGAAGAUGUGCCUUCCGUCUGGACUCGCGGCCUCGUGACACCCAAGCUCAAACCCAAGCUCAUUCUACAGGAACACGCCCGAGCGGCCACCAAAGUGGAGAAGAAGUUCCGAGGCGAAACGCUGGGCUAUGUGACGCCAUGCAACAAUCGUGGCUACGACUGGGCCAAGAAAUUCCGCACCAAGUUCACGUACAUCUCGCCCGUGUGGCUGCAACUACGCGAGGACACCGACCACGUCCCGAUCAUCACGGGCACGCACGAUAUCGACCGUCAGUGGAUGCUGGACGUCAAGAACGGAGUUGAAGGCGACGAUCAACAGGGAGAAGGACCUGAAAUCGUGCCUCGCAUUGUCUACGAACGCAACCGUCUCAGCUCGGAGGACGUCCCUGUGAUCAUCGACAAGAUGCUGGAGCUGAUGGAAGACUUCAAGUUUGACGGGAUGGUGUUCGAGAUCCCAGUGAUGCAAGGGACAGUCGAUAUGCUGCAGCACAUAGGUCGCGCCUUCCGAGCUGCAGAUAAGCUGCUGAUCCUCGUGCUGUCCAGAAGCUCAAAGGAGGGUGAAUUGCCAGUUACGCACGAGAUUUUCAACGAGCUGGCUCCACUAGUGCACCGGUUCUCCAUGAAUGCGUACGACUUCAGUAUGCCAGGGCCCAAUGCGCCGUAUCCGUGGCUGAAGAAGACACUGGAGAAGAUGUCGCCGAUGGAGAGACAGAAAGUUCUGAUGGGAAUCCCAUUCUACGGUUAUGACAACCGCGAUGCCAUUACGGGGAGCACGUACAUCCAGUCGCUUACAGACAAUGAAGUCUCUAAGAUUCGAUGGGACGCUACGGCACAUGAAUGUCAACACACGUACACUGCUGUAGAGACGAACAGCCAUCACGUGGUUUUCUUCCCGUGUCUGCAGUUCCUACAGGAUCGUCUGAAGCUGUACAAGGAGAAACAUGUGGGUGUUGCGAUCUGGGAGCUCGGACAAGGACUUGAAUUCUUCUACGAUCUGCUCUAACACAACAAUGAGCAAGGUCUCCCAUUCAUAAAGUCAAUCGGUCACUUAUUCAUCCUACGGAGGCGAUAACGAAGCUAUGUCAUCUCCGCCA